AUGGCUGAGAUGCAGGACAAGCCUCGUCACAGGAACUCACAACCCGCUCCAUCUCCUGGAAGCGUGGUAUAUCAGACCGCCACAACAAAAGGCUGGCACUGUCGGCCUCUGAAUGCCAAUAACAGCCAAUGGCAAACACCGGCGUCUUGGAACGGAAUGGCCAACCCAGCGACUCUCGUCCUCAAGGGCCCAGCCCCCAAAGGAAGCUGCCCUUGGAGAGACUGCCGUCCGGCUACCCACACGAGUCAACACCCUGAGCAUAAUUCCUAUUUACCCUCGCCACCAGUAGACCCUGCGUGCCCUACCGGGUUGGCAGUCCAGGAUCAGAAACAGGGCGGGAAUGGCUGGAGCACCCGGUAUGGGGCCUCUCCCCCCGCCGUAGGAGGAGCCUCUUGGCCGCAGCAAGUUCAACAAUCAUCUCAAACGACAGCGUCGUGCCUGCCCGGAAUGUCGACUCAGAUAUCACAACCUCUGAAGCCCGGACAAGCGACUCGUUCGACUCAAGUCGCAUAUCCCAACCAACGAAGCAUGAUGUCCAUUUGGCGCCCUGAAAAUCGUCAAAGUAAUCAGCCGCAGGCAAAGUUCAGGUUGUCACACGUAACCCACAACAAAGACACGAACAAGAACCAAGCGUCAAGAGCACCAAAUCGAACAGAUAGAAUCUCGAAGGUACCCUUCAGUCGAGGGCACCGGUUUAAAGCUGGACCGAAAACAACUUUCCCCGCUGGCUUAGAGCGGGUAGUGAUGGAACUGCCUCCUAUUAGAGAGUGCCUUUCCGAUGUCUUUGCUGACAUCGAUCGCGCUACCUCGAAUCGUUGA